UCCCCAUCCAUCCCAGUGAGGCUGCUGAAACCAGGAGCCCCUCGUGGCUCUUGCACAGGUAGGCAGAUGCCCUGUCUCCAAGGUUGAUGCCUAUGGCAGCAGACACCAAGUGACCUUCCAUUUGUGCUAGCCCCACCCUCAGGGUAGGUGGGAGCCUUAGCAAAGAGGCCUGCACUGGGCACGGCUCUCUCCCUGGGUCCAGCACUUAUCCCAAUAUUCCACCCAGACUCCAGAACAUCUUCCUAGAAUGAGAACCUAAUCAUGCUUCUCCCCUGCUUAUAACCCCCCCCCAUUGCUAGCCAGCCAGCACCCGGAUUCCUAGGCCUGCCCUCCCCUGGCCGGCCAUCCACCCCAGGCCCCAGGGUGUCCAUACCAGCUGGCCCUUUUCUUGCUGUGCCUUGGUUCAGUUGUCCCCCAUUCUAGGCUAGGGAGCCUCCCUCCUCCCUCCUGGUCUAUACCUUGCUCCUCUGGGAUCUCACAGCACUGGGGCUGGGAACAGAGCCCUACAUCCUAUGGUUAUUUGUUUUUCCUUUGUCAGCUGGACCCUAAGCCUGGGACCUCCUUGAGGGCAGGGGCUAUAUGUGAUUCAUCUCAGUGUCCCUAGCACCCAGCCCUGAGCGUGGCGCCUAGAAAGUGUUUGGCUAAUGUUGGGGUAGGAGAGAAGUGGGGGGAGAGAGGAGGGAGGAAGUGGGAUUGGGGGAGAAGAGGAAGGAAGGGGGGGAGAGUGGGUCCAUCUCCUUCCUUUCUUCCUUUUGAGAUUCUCAGCUCAGUCUAAGGCCUCGCUCAGCCAUGGUGAUGCAGCUAGGUGGGGCUAAGCCAGGGAGAGGAGGCAGAGAGGAGGAGGAGAAAGAGAAGGAAAAGGGAAGAGGAAGCUGCUGAACCAGCAGCACCUCCAUGCAGAGGCUUAAGGGCUAUUUGUGUGCUACCUACUAAGCCCCUAAUCCUCCACGGCCAAGUCAGAGCCCUGCACCUGGGCUCCCAGGGGGCCGGGCUCAGGGAAGCUUGGAGAUAGGUGCUACCAUCUUCAGAGACAACUAACCCCAGCCCUCCACCCCCAUAGCUCUUCCCUAAGCCUGACUGAGGGGCCAGUGGCUCAGAAAGCCACCCACACUGGGGCUUGUCCCUUGGCAUGCUCCCAGGCCCCUUCUGGACCAGCUGGCAUAGAAGAAAGCUCAGGCUGGGGAGUUAGACAGCCAGUUCACCUCUGGUUCUGCUGAGGAAUAUUAACCCUCUGAGCCCAUUUCCUCAGUGGUCAAAGGUUAGGGAGUGAGACCUCCUCAUGGGGGGCCAGGAGUUGUUCAUCCACUCGACAAAUAUUUAUUGACUCCUUGCUCCAAGCUGCCAGCUCAGAUGCAGCAAAGUCCAGGCCAGCCCAGCCCUGCACUCUGGAGAGAGAUGGGCAAUGAAUCAGUAAGGAGACAAGUAAGACCACUGCUGACAGUGAUAGGUACCGAGUAGAAACGAAUGUGAUGUGGGAGGCAGAGGGGGAGGCCUGGUGUGUAGAGUCAGGGGCCUCUCCAAGGAGUGCUUUGUAAGCGGAGACCUGAAUGAGACUCUAAGAGGCUAAUACUGUCAGCAACAGUCAUUGAUCACUUACAGGCAACAGAGUAGGAAACUGAGGCACAGGGAAGGGAGGGGGAGGGGCUGUGCCCAGGCUACAUGGCCUUAGAGCCUCAGGCCAGAUGUAAGGGUAGGUGUAAAGGGGCUGUACCCAGCUAAGGGAUACCAUGGCUCCUAAAUGAUAAGGUGUGAAGAUCUGUGACUGGACCCUGGUGGGAAAGCAGGUCACAUCAAACCUGCAGAUGGGUGUGGAUCCCCCAAGGUUUCCUAGCUUCAGCAAACUGAGGCUGGAGAGGGGAAGUGGGACUUCUCAGGGUGACUCAGGGCCCCAGGCGAGAGUCCAGUGCCACCCCCUGCCUUCAGAGCCACCACUGCUACCCCAGGCCUGUGUGACUCAGUCUUGUGGCUUUCCCACCAGCCCAGCACAACCCCUUUUUUUCUUUUUUCUUUUUUCUUUUUUGGUCAUUUAUACCAUGAUGUAAACAACUAGCAGAACUUUCCUGAGAGCUAUCUUUCGUGUAGGGAUGGAGGCAUGGCCAGGAAGGUGAUAGCCAAAGUUUGUUAUAUGAUCUGGGUCACUGACUCACUGACCACCCUGGACCUCAGUCUCCCCACCUGUGAAAUGUAGUAGGGAGGGUCGGUGACUUCUGUUGACCUUUUUGCUCACUAUGAGCCUGUUGCUCUGAACAAAGAGCGUUUUUUUGUUGUUGUUUAAAAAAAGGAUUCUUUGUCAUGCCUCACAGAAUAUAAUGCAAUGUCACAGUGGUGAUGCCUUUAAUUCCUCCCUGGCCAUAGCCCUGUGACAAUUGGGUCAUUAAACUCUGAGACUUAGAGAGGGAAGCACUGAUUGAAAUAACCUAGAUCUAUCUAUUCACUCGAUCCACAAAUGCUGAGCACCUACUAUGUGCCAGGCCCUGAGGAUACAUCAGUGAACAAAACAGACAGAAAUCCCAGCUCCUUCCAGUGUAUGGGAAGUGAUUUACAUUUUGCAACGUCCUGAGAACCAUGCUCAGCUCUGGGAACCCUGCUGAGAGCUGGGCAGACCACACACCCCCACCCCCCACCCCUGCCUGCUCACAUGACAGCCUGUGAGUUGGACAAAAAACAUGUGAACAGAGCAUAAAUUAAAAGCUUCCAAGCUGUCACAGCGUUAGGAGGAGGUGAAGGCAAGGUGCUGAGGUCUAUGGUUGAGGGCUCACCCCAGCCAGCUCUGGGCUGUGUGGGGGUCAGUCUUGACCCAGGGAGUCCGGUGCUCCUCCCUCCGUCUGGCUACCAGGGCCACGUCAGAAUCAAACCCUCCACCUUGACCUCAUUAACAUUGGGCCUAAUCACUGAACCAAGCACCUUAAACUGCGAAAGGUCACACCCCAGCAGCCCUGCCACGCCUUCCCUUGAGCUCAUUCCACCAGUACACACUUCUGCAGCCCUCCAUGUGCAAGCCCUGACUGCCCACAACAGGCAGGGCUCUGGACUCUCAGGUGGGCUGAAGGGAGGGGGAGGGCUUUUCUGAGGAAACAGGUCUGGGAGUGUCAGGGGGGAAGAGACUGCACUGAAGAGAGUAUAAGGGCUGGAAGUCUCAGAGAUGGGGACACUUCCCUGGCCGACUCCUUCCAUCGAUCACGAAGUUCAUGGUUCAGACUUCACCUUUCUGGACUGCUCCGAAUGACAGUGUGUUGGGAGCGGGUCACGAUCUGAACUUGUCCUAUUUCAUUUGUUUCAGUACUUAUUUGUGAGCCCUGCCAGCUCCACACAAUGGUACUUCCUGUGGGCAUCGUCCUUCUCUACCAUGUUCAUCAGAACUGAGCACUGUGUGUGGAGCACAGUAGGUGCUCCAUACACGUUUGUGGUUGGAGGCUGGUCAUCAAGCACCGGUGUGCUGGGCACUGCCAUGUGCCCCACUUCAUUUCUCGGGGGGCAUCACUGUGCCCCUUUCACUGAUGGGGGGAGCCUGUCAGUGCAGAGCCAUUCGCCCCCAGAACCUGCUUUUGUGGAGUGACCUGCCACACAGCUUCCAAGGCCCACUGUCCCAGCCCAGCCGACACAGACGUCCCCAGAUGUGCCCUGUGUGUUGCAGUGUCCAACCAGUUCUUUUUCUAGGCUCAGCCUCACCUUCACACUGGACCCAAGCCUGCCUUGCUCAUGGCAGUGAUCUGGUGCCUAGCAUGUCAUCUGGCACACAGCUGCCUCCUGGAUGCAAGGCCUUGCUUCAGGAGCCUUAGAGCCUCUGUCCCCUUUCUGCUCCAAUCACCCCCUGCCUGGUCCCCUCCUCUAUCCUCACUCCCUCCAAUACAUCUUUGGGGCAUUUGAGCCACAUUUCUGCCCCUUAUGAUCUGCCCAAGCCACUGCCCAAUGCUAUUUGGAUAAAACCAGGUUUCUCAGUUUGGUAUCAAGACCCACCAGAGCUGGCUUCAUAGCCCAUGUGCGGCCUCACCCCCGACAGGCCUCAGGCCUCUGUCAGCCCUUGUCUUUAGUCUCCCCUGUCUUCCCCGCUUGGCAACCUAACAAAAUACUCCCCUCCCUCAAAGACCCAAACUUCACCUCCUCGGACACCUCACCGUUAUGAGCAGUCUCUCCUCCCUUGGCCUCAUGGAAACCCCUCCCUGGACCUGGAUCUGUUCAGGGUCUUCCUCAGCGCAUAACCUCCUCCUUUCUGGAUUUUUGUAUCCCCAGUGGCCUGCACAUGAAUGUUUAAUGAACGAGUGAGUGAGUGAAUUCCAGUUCAAAUACUUAUUGAGCUCCGGGUCUAUGCCAGGCUGUGGUCUGGCAUGGAAAGUGCCAAAGAUGGCAGGACGUGGCCCCUGCCCUCAUGGAGCUCAUGACUUGGUGAGAUGGACUCGUAUUAGGGACUGAGCCAGGAGGUGACAGGUGGGGAAGAAAUAGGUAAGAGGCUGAGAGACUGAGAGGAGAACCAGAGAGCUCAUGGUCCAGUGGGGAGGAAGACAAAGUCCUCUGGCAUGAAAUGAGGGGGACGUGGGUGUGGAGCCAGAGGUCCCAAUGCCAGGCCAAGGCCAACAGACUGAGAUGGGCAGAGAUUCCUGGGGACUAGAAGAGUUGGGGUUGGGCCUCCUGCCCUUUCCCAGGGUCCCCAGUACCUCCCUUCUCUGGCCCCAGGCUUCUGCCUAGAGUCACCUUGGCCCCUCUUGGAAGCCAAUUAGGCCCCCAGUUGCAGUAGUGGGGGAUUAGUAUGAUUAAUAAUGCCCCCAAUCUUCCAGGUGCUGAUUCAGCCAGGAGCUUAGGGAGGGGAGGUCACUUUAUAAGGGCCUGGGGGGGGGUGCUUAGAGCCCAGAGUCAUCCAGCCAGAGCCCUGGGUGGCCAAGCUCAGGCCUCAGCAGCACUCUUGGGUCUGAGCCGCCCCCGGGGCAGCCACCAGGACCACAGCCAUGAAUGGGACGGAGGGCCCGAACUUCUACGUGCCCUUCUCCAACAAAACGGGUGUGGUACGCAGCCCCUUCGAGUACCCACAGUACUACCUGGCUGAGCCAUGGCAGUUCUCCAUGCUGGCCGCCUACAUGUUCCUGCUCAUCGUGCUUGGCUUCCCCAUCAACUUCCUCACGCUCUACGUCACGGUCCAGCACAAGAAGCUGCGCACGCCUCUCAACUACAUCCUGCUCAACCUGGCCGUGGCCGACCUCUUCAUGGUCUUCGGUGGCUUCACCACCACCCUCUACACCUCUCUGCAUGGAUACUUUGUCUUUGGGCCCACAGGAUGCAAUUUGGAGGGCUUCUUUGCCACACUGGGCGGUGAAAUUGCCCUGUGGUCUUUGGUGGUCCUGGCCAUUGAGCGGUACGUGGUGGUGUGUAAGCCCAUGAGCAACUUCCGCUUUGGGGAGAACCAUGCCAUAAUGGGCGUCGCCUUCACCUGGGUCAUGGCACUGGCCUGCGCUGCACCCCCCCUCGUUGGUUGGUCCAGGUACAUCCCUGAAGGCAUGCAGUGUUCAUGCGGGAUCGACUACUACACACUCAAGCCAGAGGUCAACAACGAGUCCUUUGUCAUCUACAUGUUCGUGGUCCACUUCACCAUCCCCAUGAUCGUCAUCUUCUUUUGCUACGGGCAGCUUGUCUUCACAGUCAAGGAGGCGGCAGCCCAGCAGCAGGAGUCAGCCACCACUCAGAAGGCUGAGAAGGAGGUCACUCGCAUGGUCAUCAUCAUGGUCAUUGCUUUCCUGAUCUGUUGGGUGCCCUACGCCAGCGUGGCAUUCUACAUCUUCACCCACCAGGGCUCCAACUUUGGCCCCAUCUUCAUGACACUCCCGGCGUUCUUCGCCAAGUCCUCCUCCAUCUACAACCCUGUCAUCUACAUCAUGAUGAACAAGCAGUUCCGGAACUGCAUGCUCACUACCCUCUGCUGUGGCAAGAACCCACUGGGUGAUGACGAGGCCUCCACCACCGCCUCCAAGACGGAGACCAGCCAGGUGGCACCGGCCUAAGCCCUGCCAAGGACUCUAUGGUCAACUGUAGGAGUCUCCCAUUCCCUAUGCCUACCCCCAGCCACAGCUGCCCCACCAGGAGCCAGGUCUGUUGGAACCAGGUUGCACAGACUCCUUGAGUUAAAAAAAAAAAAAAAAAAAAGAGAGAAAAA